UUUGUCAUCAGCUGUUUGGCAUGUGCAUUGUUUCCUGAAUGUCAGGUUGUGUAUGCAGUGUUUAUGAGAUUAAAUUUGAAACAAAUCCGUCUCAAGUAUAGCCGUCCAUUUCCAAUGGGAAUUAGGAGUGUAGUCUAAUUGGAUGUAAUAUGGAAGAAGUGAGGUUGUUGGUUCAAGAGGAGGGAAGAGAGGCACGGAACAUCCUUGCCUUUAGCAUUUCAGCUGCUGAUGGUAAACUGAGUAAGGUCUCAAGGAAGCCUCCUUGUCCUCCGAGGCUUAUAGAGAGCAGGAGGCCAUUGAAGCAAGCUCCAGUGAAUUUUCGCUCUAGGUCAGGAGCCAGAGUGAGGUCUGCAUCAACUGGACGUGACAAGAAAUCAGAGUUGAGAGCUAGGUAUUGGGCUCUGCUUUUUGGAAAUCUACAAAGAUCUAUUGGAGAGAUUUACAAUACCGUUGAGACGCACGAAAGUCUAACGGAGUGUCAGGAAGUAACCUUGGUUUUGGAAAAUUAUUUACGGGAUUUCAAGGCUUUAGCCGAAUGGUUUCUCUUAAAAUGGGACUACGAGAAUACCCCUGCUCCGCAUAAGAGGACUUCUUUGGCCUGGGAUAUUUGCAAGACGAAUUUGAGCAAGAAUCAAAUCAAGUCGGGAAAGUCGAGCCCGAAUAUAGGAUCAGGUCGAACGAGUCCGGUCACCGGGAAAGUCAGCCCAAGAAUACUCACACAGAAGUUAAGAUCUGCCAGCUCUGCACCGACCAGUCCUUUGCCGAUAGAUAAACCUAUAAUUGAGGAUAAGAUCUUGGAGACAUCACAUUUUGAAUUUCUAAAUGAAUCCUAUUUACAGCAAGGUCAUUCCCCGAGGGAAUCCCUAAGCAAAGAAACUGAAAAGGUUCUGGAAUUGACAAAAACCAUUAUAACUGUGGAGAAGGCGGUGGAUUCUCCGAGCGAAGAUCAGAAGACUUACGAUAUCCUCCGAAAGAUCGGCGUUCAGAGUGCCGAAAAGAGCACAAGUACAGCUGAUGAUUUUCCAAAGUUACCAGUGAAGAGGAACACUGUGAAAGUGAGUCAGGAAUCGCAAACGGAUGAAGUUGCUGAGAAAAAGGUUUCGCCCAUAAACAAAUCGAAACUUGAUAUUUCCAAAAUGAAAUCGCCAAAACCGCCUUAUUCCGUUGCUUUAUCAAGAAGCGUUUCAGCAAAAGUUGUAUCCAACAAUAAACCGAAGAUAGAAGCAGGCGUAAAACCUACAGCCUCCACUCUAGCCAAGUCUAUCACGAAACCCUUCAAACCUUUCAAUUUAUCACCAAAGCCAUUAACGCCUGUGAGAACUGGACUGGCUCGCAGCAAAACCGUAGGCGAUAUGAAACCCAGCAGUUACCUAAAACCAAAAUCCAACAAAGUCGAACCGCGGCCUAAGAUCGCCCCAAAAGCCAAACCGCAAUCGAAAAUCGGAGUGUCGCAAAUCAAAAAUAAAACCAACAGCAAGUUGGACAACGAUUACGGAAGCUCUGUGGAGACUUUGGUGAAUCAAGGUGAUAACGUGGCUAAUAGUAUAGCAAGUUCUGCAGAGACUCUCAACAACGAGAACAUCAAAUCGAGCGAUGGUUGGUUAACAGUUAAAUGCAGAUCGCGUUUUCGAAAUGGCAAUGGAAAGGGAAGGAAAUCCGAUACGGCCCUUUCCUGGGCUAACAGAUUCCAUCAGGUUAGUGCCACCGCGAGUUUACCGGCUCUAGCUUUGCUACCGGAAUACUCCGAGAGGACUUCUAUCGAUAAAACAGCAAAAGACAACCUAAAUACCCUCAAAUCCUUAAAAAGUAUUCAUACUCGUAACGAAGACUCUAAGCCCAAUCAGAAGAAUAAUAAGUUGUAUUUGCGAAGGUCGCAUACGACUCUCAGCAAGGUGACUUUGAGCAAGGAGAAUAGUUUGGUGCAAGAGAAGAAUAAAACCAAUUUAAGUAUUAAAAAGUAUGAUGAUUGCCUGAAGAUCGCUGACCUUGAUUCGGAAACCGAUGAUGAAGGAAAGAUGAAAGAAACUCAGGAGGAUUUGGCUAGUGAAGAAGAGCAUAGGCAGAAAACGAAGCAGUUGACGGAGGAGGAGGAGCGAUUGAAUCGCGAGAUCGCUAAAUUGCAGGGCCAGGAAAUUGACGUUGAUACGGAAACAGAUGGAACUGAAACUGAUGGCGAACUUCCAUGUGAUAAUGAUGAUGAUUUGCAAGUAUCUGGAGACAGUAACGAUGCCGAUGAUGAGUUGUCUUUGGAAGCGAGAUAUGAACCAAUGUUAGCUGGAAUGUCGUGGGGAGAGCGCGUUGACACUUUGUCAGCACUUCAAGCUUUGGUUGCAAGGUACCCAGGUCGUGCUUUGGAACUUCACCAAAAACUAUCAAAUCCAUCCAGGCGAUCGACUCUUUCGGAGACUGUGAAGAAGUACCAGGCGAAACAGGCCAAAGCUCAACAGUUGCGUCAAAAUCUUCAGCAAGAGAAAUCUGGCAGGUUGCAAGCACUUUGGGCUCGCGUCGAAGAUGUGAAAUCAGCCAAACAGCAGUUAAUUGCCGAGAAGAAACUUCGGAUGGAAACGCGAUUGCAGAAGGCCGAUCAAAACCGUAAAAAACAUCUGAAAUGCAUCGUGCGUAAAGCUCACGAUGAAGAGGAGAAACUCAAGGAGAUUGCUUUUAUAAAUGAGCUGGAAGCUCAGAAUAAGAAGCAUGAUUUUAUGCAACAAUGUCGUGAGCAAAGGGAUCGGAUGCAAGGUAUUCAUGAGGAUAGACGGAAACGACAAGAAGAAAAGGCUGCUAAAGAAGCGGCAGUCGAAGAGCGUAGAAAAGCUUUGGAACGUGAGAGGUUGGAGAGAUUGGGUCGGUUGCAGGAUGAGCGACGACUGAGAGAUGAGAGGAUCGGGCAACAGCAGCAGCAAAAGGAAAGGGAGAGGCAGGAAAUGGCCAGGGAAAAAGCUAGGGAUCGGGAGGAAAGGAAGAUAGCGUUGAAUGCCCAAAAAUUGGCUUCAACUCAGGAAUUGCAUAAGCGGAUCGUUCAAAAGCAGGAGGAAUCCGCGAGGAGGCACGAAGAGAAUAUGGAGCAAAUCCGACAAAGGGCUUUGGAGUUGUCCAUUCACCGUUGUCAGACAGACGAUAACCAAACACCAAACAUCACACCUUAUCCCACUAGGAAAUUUUGCACGCUUUGCAAUGCUUUGAUUGUAUCUGAGGUGUAUUUGAUGAGCCAUCUCCGUGGAAGGAAACAUCAAGACAUCUUAAAACAGAGCAUGGACAAUGCUAGUUUGUCUAGUGAGGAUUUAGAAAAGUAUAACUUGCAGCACAUAGUUGAUGCGCCCAUGGAUAAAGAGGAUCCUAAGGCAGAGGCGGCCCGAGAACGCGGAAAGACUUAUCGGAAACGAUGCAAGAAAAUCAGGCAGAGGAUGGCCAUGAAAGCAGCGGAAUACGAGACUGGCCUGAAGAAACCCUCCAUGGAUUCGCCGAAUAAAAGAAAUAUAACUAAGAACGUGAACACCCUGAGCACGGUGAUCAAUCAGCCGCCGCAGAGUUGGUCGACGAGCACCUGCAGCCAAUUGGAUCGUACUUUGAAUGAACUUAACAGAUUGCUGAUCAAGGGUACGCAGCAGGAUGUAAUGGUGUUUCAGAAUGUCAAUGGUUUCGUUGUACUAGGAAAGCUGCUUAGUUUCGGACAAGAAUCAGUUUAUCUGUUGCCACCGAAAACGUUGACGAUCGCCUGCAACCUUUGGCUCGUAGCCUGCAAGGGAGCAGCGGGACCUCAAGUUUGCGAGUACGUGGUUCUUUCAAAUCGUCUCAUUUCUGCUUUGGAAUUGCUGAAUGUUAAACUUCAAUCGAUUGGAAUCUGCGAAGAAACUCCGCCAUCGGAUGGUUUGUGCACGAGCCUUAUGCAGCUUCUGGCUGGAGUAUUGCGCAAUGUUCCGAAGGAUGUACAGUCGAACAGGAUUCAAGACAUCAUCAGUUUUGCUGUGUGCUUGGGGGUUGUCGAGCAACUGUCCAAAUGCUGUUUGGCAGUUCGCAGUCCGGUGCACGAUAUCCCUCCGGCUUGUGCCUUUUUACUAGCGGCCUUGGAGUUCUUGGCAGCGCUUGCUGACCAAUGCCCCGAGGACUCUGAUCCAACACAUUUGGUUGGGACUUUACAUGGAACUGAGUUGAUGGGUGCCGUUUCGAUGCUGUACGGAACUCUUCUACCUCCAGAUUCCACGCCGAGAGUGGAAGGACAACCUCCUCCGGUGAUACCAGCCUCCUGCUUAAAAUUGGCUUCCGUCACUUUCCGACUACUGCGACGCAUCGCCGAACUGGAUCUGACCAAGUUUCAGGAAGCUUUAGGUGCUGAAGGAAUUUCUUUGCAGUUCAGACACAUCGCCAGCCACCUGAUCUGGUGUUGCGCCUCUCCGACUCUCCCGAAGCUAACGAAUGGCAGCAAGGAGAUCAUGGCUGCGGCCAGCUGCACCGAAGCCCACGAGAAUCUCCUUCACGAGGUCAUCCACGUCGCCGGUUACUUUGCUGUGGAAAACUAUGAUAAUCAGAUGUUGCUGGUUAGUGGUCAAUCGCCUUCCGUUCUUCAGCAGCUCUGCUCCUUGCCAUUCCCGUACUUCUCGGUCGAAUCUUUGUCGAAGAUCCUCUAUCCGACUCUGAUGGCUUGUUGCGUUGGUAACCAAAACACCAUCUCUAUCUUGAAGCAGGAACUCUCCUACGAGCUUUUGGAUGAUUUUCGCAGAUCCGAGACAGGCAAGGAUCUGCGCUUAGUGAAGUUACUCAAAUCAUAAACGCGUUCUACUUCACAAAUUCUCUUCAACUCAAUUUAUAUUCACAUAAACAAAAAACUAAGCAAGUUAAAAAAGAAAUUGAAUAACAAAUAAAGGAAAUAUAAUCUAUUUUUAAUAAUCCUCAUACAAUCUUAACGAAUAUAUACAUUUAUACUAUGAGCUCUAAAAAGCAACCUUAUUAAAUUUAAUUUCUUUUGUGUAUACUUUAGUAAUUAUUAUUUUUUAAGUUAAGAUGAUUACGAUGUACAUUAACAUGAAAAUAGGACAUGCGUAGUUAUUACAUCUG